AUGGAGUUGCUGCAGCAGCGGAGUAGCGGCCACGCGUCGCGCUCUACAACAUCCUUCCUCAUCGACGACAUCCUCCUGCACAGACCCAAGGCAUCACGUGACGUGAUCGCGGUGACGUCAUCGAUGGUGCGGGCGACGUUCAGCGAGUCGUACGCUGUGGCGGCCGCAGCUGCUGCUGCAGGCGUCAUGCAUAGUCCUGCAUCUGCCGCAGCUGUGGCCGCAGCUGCAGCAUACCUGCACCCACAUCACUACCUGCACAAGCCCGAGGCACACUUCAUGUUCCCUGCACCUGGACUAGGUUUUGGCGGGCUGUUCAGCGGCGGAGUGGCGGAAGGAUCUCUGAAGGCGUGUCGGCGGCGCAAGGCGCGCACGGUGUUCAGCGACCAGCAGCUCACGGGCCUCGAGAAGCGCUUCGCCGCCCAGCGCUACCUCAGCACUCCUGAACGCGUCGAGCUCGCCAACGCCCUGCACCUCUCAGAGACGCAGGUAAAAACUUGGUUCCAGAACCGGCGUAUGAAGCACAAGAAACAACUGCGCAAGAGCAGCGAUGUGGACCGAACAUCAUCCAUGGAUACCUCCACAUCCCCACCAUCAUCCACCACACCUCACCACACUUCACCACCACCAUCAUCACAUGGCGAUGAUGAAAUCCCACAUGCACACCACAUUCCCCACCAUCUCCCCCCCUCUGUCUUGCACACAUCAUCUAAUUUUCGGCCCCCCUCCCCCUUACAAAAAGUGCUCAUCAACCCCCAUCAGAUGCACCCCCCGGGGGACCAGGACACACCAGACCCCCAGAGGGGACAGUUAAUGAGCAUCUCACCCCCAUUGCGAGGGACCAGCUCACCCCCGUACCCCACACUUCGACUAGAACGCUCACCCACUCCUGAAGGCAAGUCUUGGAAAUCCUAA